UCGGGAUUUCGAGAACAGUGAGUCUGGAAAUGUCGAGAAUUUUCUUUGAUAAGUUGUAUAUAUUGGCAGACAUGCGCCUUGUCAAUCAUUUCUCUGUUCAGACUGGGGAUACUCAAAGGGGAACCGUUCUUAAUCCCAGUUGGCAAGAAGAGGAGAAAACGGUAGAACGUAAAAUUGGGAUUAUCUUGGGCUACUUUCACUUUUGUGAUUAGAGAAAACCAUGUCAGUUCCAGCAAUUGGCAUUGAUCUGGGAACAACAUUUUCCUGCGUAGGUGUUUUUCAACAUGGGAAAGUUGAAAUCAUCGCCAACGAUCAAGGUAAUAGGACGACACCCAGCUAUGUGGCAUUCACGGACACCGAACGACUCAUCGGAGAUGCUGCAAAGAAUCAGGUAGCAGUCAACUCUUCAAAUACGAUUUUCGACGCCAAAAGGCUGAUAGGACGCAAAUUCAACGAUGAGAGUGUGCAGGCCGACAUGAAACACUGGCCAUUUAAAGUCGUCAAUGAGGGAGGAAAACCCAAGUUGGAAGUAGAAUACAAGCAUGAAACGAAGCGAUUUACACCAGAGGAAAUCAGCUCCAUGGUGCUGACCAAAAUGAAGGAGACGGCAGAGGCGUACUUAGGACAGAAGGUGACAGACGCUGUUAUUACAGUCCCAGCUUACUUCAAUAAUGCGCAGAGAGAGGCCACCAAAGAUGCUGGACUGAUAGCAGGACUCAAAGUUCUGAGGAUUGUAAAUGAACCCACUGCUGCUGCUUUGGCUUACGGACUCGACAAAAACCUUAAAGAUGAGAAGAAUGUCCUCAUAUUUGAUUUGGGUGGAGGAACAUUUGAUGUAUCUAUCCUUACCAUAGACCAAGGUUCCAUGUUUGAGGUCCGCUCCACAGCUGGUGACACUCAUCUUGGUGGCGAAGAUUUUGACAACAGGAUGGUAAACCACUUUGUACAAGAAUUCAAGCGCAAGUACGGUAAAGACAUUUCCAACAAUCAACGUGCAUUGAGACGACUUAGAUCUGCCUGUGAACGCGCAAAGAGGACACUGUCAAGCAGUUCUGAUGCCAACAUUGAGAUCGAUUCACUUUUUGAGGGCAUUGACUUUUAUAGCAAAAUCACACGAGCCAGAUUUGAGGAUCUGUGUUCAGAUCUGUUCCGUUCAACACUGGAACCUGUAGAAAAAGCUCUUAAGGAUGCUAAGCUGGAUAAAUCCAAAAUCCAUGAAGUGGUUCUGGUUGGCGGCUCAACAAGAAUUCCAAAAAUCCAAAAGCUGCUGCAAGAUUUCAUGGCUGGUAAGGAACUGAACAAAUCCAUCAACCCUGACGAAGCCGUGGCUUAUGGUGCUGCUAUCCAGGCCGCCAUUUUAAAGGGAGACACAAGUGAAGCCAUCAAAGACGUUUUACUGGUAGAUGUCACUCCACUUUCUCUGGGCAUUGAAACUGCUGGAGGAGUCAUGACCAAAAUUAUUGAAAGAAAUGCAAAAAUACCCUGCAAAGCAUCUCAAACCUUCACCACAUAUGCUGACAACCAACCAGGAGUGUCCAUUCAGGUCUUUGAAGGUGAGAGGGCCAUGACCAAAGACAACAACAAACUAGGAAAAUUCGAACUUAAUGGAAUUCCACCAGCCCCUCGUGGUGUCCCACAGAUAGAAGUCGAGUUCAAUUUAGAUGCAAACGGAAUCUUGAAUGUCUCGGCCAUGGACAAGAGUACAGGGAAAUCCAACAAAAUCACUAUCACUAAUGACAAAGGACGCCUCAGUAAAGCCGACAUCGACAGAAUGGUGAACGAGGCUGAGAAGUAUAAAGACGAAGAUGAAAAACAGCGACAGAGGAUCGCGGCACGAAAUCAGCUGGAGUCGUAUGUUUUCUCUGUCAAACAGGCAGCAGAGGAACACGGAGACAAACUUCCGCCAGAAGAUAAAGAGAAAGCCACCAGUAUUUGCAGCGAAACCCUGUCUUGGCUGGAUAGCAAUGCUCUAGCGGAAACUGAUGAGUUUGAAUUUAAGCUUAAAGAGGUGCAGAAAGUAUGUUCUCCAAUCAUGGCAAAACUUCACGGAGGCGGUCAGAGUCAGUCCGGGGGUGCUAGUCAGGAUGGAGGACCCACAGUGGAAGAAAUGGACUAAAUUUCUAAAACGUUUACAAACUUUGUGCCAUAAUGUUACUUUUUUUUGCGAUUUCAUUGUAAAUCAAGUGUUAACUGUUGUGCUUGUUCAUAGUUCCAAUGUAAAUUGUUUAAAGGAAAUGAACUACUGGCAUUAUGUAUGCUAAUUGACUAAUUGUAUAUUUUUCUUUUCUUUCUUUGAAAGGAGCUUAUAAUUAAAGAAUUUAAACUUGUAUAA